GUACUUGUGAGGACUAGGGCGUGACAUGGGUGAGGGUUACCCGGGUACCCAUCCGGGUGCCACCCACGGAUGGAACGUGGGUCGGGUGGUAUGGGUGGUGGGUGGUACGGGUGGCUCACCCGCACGGGUACGGGUGGGAGGACUUGCUAAAGUUGGGUAUCCACGGGUACCCACGGGUGGUCUAGUACCCCAAUGAGAGGUAUGAACCGGUGCCAAGUGACAAAUUAGUUUCAGAUGAAUAUUGUACCCUCCCUACUUGCACUUAUCCGAUGUCAAAAUCAAGCUCGCUGAGCCAACCGACAUCUAUUCGAGAUGUUUAAAUUUGAUGUGUGCUGCACGGCUAGUUGUCACCCUGGUGGCCUGGUCCCUCUCUCCGAGUCUCUCGUCAGUUAACCUCGAUCCUCCAUGUCGAGGAGCAGUUUCAACUCGCCAGCAACAAAUACACGCAGUUGUAAAAGACCGGCGGCAUCUCCGGUUCCUGUUCUAGAGUCUCCGAAAAAGAAGCGGAGCCGUGCCAAAGCAGAGCAGUCUGACAUAGGAAUCUGGAGCAAUACUGACGAUGAGAUUAUAACCGAGGUACCAUUAAUAUACAAAGUCGUCCCUAUGCUUGAAAGUCUUGAACAUGCUCUGGACCGUGUUUACAAUGCAAGUGAUGAUUCGCCGCCCGUCAUUCGCAUUGCUGCCAAAGCAGCACUCGAAGUUGUCGGCAAAUAUUAUGCCCUGACAGAUGACAACGAGGUUUACCGAAUUGCCAUUGUGAUGUGCCCUCAUAAAAAGUUUCACCGGUUCGACCGGAACCCAGAUUGGCGCGAGAGCGAUAGCGAGGAAGCUAAGCGCAUUGUUCGUGUGCGGUGGACUGAGUCAUAUGCGACACUCGUGCCACCAGUCCCAACCAAGGCUCCAGACCCACCUGUCUCGCAGCUCCGCCGCACUUCUAGUAAAUGGGCUGUCCACAGCCUGAGUGACGAAGAGGACAGAGAAGAUAAUUUCACCUGCCCAGACUCCAUUGAAGCCUACCUUGAGUCCCCGCGUGUAUCAAGGACUGAGGUCAAUGCUGCAGGUGGAGUUCUGCAAUAUUGGGAGAACGCUCGUGCCACUCGACCUCGACUAGCACAAAUGGCAUUGGAUUUUUUGUCAGCACCAGUUGACGCCGAACGGGCAUUCUCUGGUGGACGUCUGCAAGUUAACCACCUUCAGCAUGGUAUCAGCUCGCAGACCUUCAAGGCACAGGUUGCCGUCGGAUCUUGGUUCAAUACACCCCUUAUGCCCGAUCUCAGUAUCGCUACAAAAAUCAUGCGAAAGAAAAUGGGAAAGGAGAAGGGAGAAGGGAAGGGAAAAGAGGACUCCUCACGCCGUGACACAAUUGAUGUUGACUCUGAUUGA